AUGGGAAACAAGAGCGGAUCAAACAGAUUUUCAGCCAUCGAGCAAGACGUUUUACUCGAAGCUGUUCAGGAUAAGUUACCUACUGGUGCUGAUGAAUGGGAGCUUGUACAAGUUUUUUUCAAGAAGAGAAUGGUUGAAGUUGCCAGCCAAAAUGGAACCGGAAACAAUCAAGUGGCCGUACAAGUCUAUGACCGUGACUCCAAGUCACUCAAGGCGCUUUUUGGGAGAUUCAAAAAUGCGAAGUCACCUACAGGUACUCCAAGUAGGGGACCUUUGAGUGUAAAGGCAAGGGAGAUCGAAGAGCUGAUCAAGCUUAAAACGGCCGAAGCUGAGCUAGGAGGAAUUGAUGAUGAAUUCGAAGAUGGUGAUGUGGAGGCAGAGACUGUGGUCACGGCAGUGGGGGGAGGAAACAACUUUCCAACAAUCGAAGAGCAGGCUGUGGAGAAUGCAGCUGCUGACGAUCAACACGCUUCCUCUCCUCGUUCGGUCUCUCGUACGACACCCAUACCAAGAAAGACGAGGGCCGCGCAGGCAAGUAAUCUGCAAGAUUUCACAGACACUUUUGCUCAUUACAUGUCUGCGGCCAUCAAGACCAUGGAAGGUCCGAGCUCAGAAGACUCUCCUGGUGCCAGUGGUAAUGAUGUCUAUGGAAGUCGUCUGACAUCGUUGGAGAGCAGCUUGGAGCUGAUGAGCAGCCAGGUGAAUGAUAUGAGGGGACUUCUUGGUCAAAUACUUGCGAAGAUAAAUCCCGCCGAAGAAAGCCAUUCUUCUGAGGCACCUGCACAAGGUGUGUGUAACGGUACUCGACUUAUCUGCAAAGCUUUUUUUCGGCAUGUAAUUCAGGCUGAAGUAGCCACUGGACCAUACGAAGGUAACACUGUACUUGUUUCACGCAUCACUUUGUGCUCUACUGUAGAACAAGUUGGUGUUGAAUUUAAGAGAUGUCAAUUCCCAAUUCGACCAGCAUUUGCAAUGACAAUCAACAAAUCACAAGGCCAGACAUUAGAUUCCGUUGGUCUAUAUCUUCCAACACCUGUUUUCUCUCAUGGACAGCUGUAUGUAGCAUUAUCGCGAGUCAAAAAACCCAGUGACAUAAGAAUUUCAAUUCCUAAAGAAAUAUCAGCUAUUGAAGGUGUACAAGGAUCAUCCACAUCAAAUGUUGUUUACACUGAAAUAUUACGAAAUUAA